AUGGGUUCCACCGCUUCAAAGGAAGUCGCUAGCACUUCUCGCAAUACUACUGCUCCAUCUGUAUCGAAUGAAAAACGCCCUGUAUCUGUAUCUGUCAACGAUAUCUCAGAUAGAUUGGCUAACUAUCUCACUUUGGAUGAUAUGAGUAUUUCGGCUGUUAACCAGAACCCAAUUGAAUUCAAGACUCUUGAAGAUUGGAGUCAAAAGCUUUUGGAGGAUCCUAAGAACCGCUUGGCUCUUUCGGCCAUUUCCAAUGGUGAUGUUUCUUCGAUUGUGAGGCAAAGAGAUGCUUCUGUCAUUGACAAGGUUCAUGUCUUUAGUGACAAGGUCGAGUUGGAAGGUAGUCCAAUUACCAACCAGCGUUCAAGCGGUCGCUGCUGGCUUUUUGCUAGUACAAACGUUUUUCGUGUUCAGGUACAGAAGAAGUACAAUUUGGAUGAUUUCCAAUUGUCCCAGGCUUAUUUGUUCUUCUAUGAUAAGUUGGAAAAAUCCAACUAUUUCCUCCAGAACAUCAUUGAGACUGUUGAUGAACCUUUAGAUUCUCGUUUGGUUCAGACUUUACUAGGUGACCCAGUUUCAGAUGGUGGCCAAUGGGAUAUGGUGGUAAACUUGGUAGAGAAGUAUGGUCUUGUACCUCAAACUUUGUACCCUGAUGCUUUCAAUGCUUCCAAUUCCUCCAAACUCAACUAUAUUGUGGUUGAGAAGCUUCGUGAAUUUGCGCUUGUUCUCCGUAAAGUUUCUCAGGAUAAAUCUACCAGCAAAGCCACCCUCCUGGCACUGAAGGAGAAAUUUGUCCGUACUAUCCAUGGCAUAUUGGUUAUUGCUCUUGGAAAGCCGCCCAGCCCCAAUGAUGUCCUUAAUUGGGAGUUUGUAGACAAGGCUGGUAAGUUCAAAGCCAUUUCUACCUCUCCACUUGACUUUUAUAAGACAAUUGUUGGUUUCAAGGCGACAGAUUACUUUUCUUUGAUUCAUGACCCACGUAAUUCGUACAAGGAGCCAUUUACUGUCGAGCGAUUGGGAAACAUUGUCGAUGGAAAGAAGAUUGAAUAUGUUAAUGCAGAGAUUGAUAUCUUAAAGAAGGCUGCUAUCAAGUCCAUUCAGAAUAAUGAGCCUGUGUUCUUCGGCAGUGAUGUUGGUAAAUUCAGUGAGCGUACAGAGGGUAUCAUGGAUACAAAUGCAUGGGAUUACUCGCUUGCAUUCAAUACCGAUUUGGGCUUGACCAAGAAGGAGCGUCUUGAAACCAAGUCAUCAGCCAUGACUCAUGCGAUGGUACUUACUGCUGUCAAUAUUGUGGACGGAAAACCUACUCGCUGGAGAGUUGAGAACUCUUGGGGCGAAGAUGUGGGCAAAAAGGGUUAUUUCAUUAUGAGUGACGAUUGGUUCAACGAGUACGUCUACCAAGUUGUCACGACUGCCAAAUAUGUCGAUAAGCAAUACGUUGACAUCUGGAAGAGCAAGAAGUAUAACGUGUUGCCUAGAUGGGAUCCUUUGGGUGCACUUGCAUGA